UGCAGGGGAGGUUACAAAGCAAGGAAGACACCAAUACAGCAUAAGUAGUGGACAAGCGUGACCACGUCCUUGUGUCUUUGAAAGGGAUUACGCUUACAUGAGCGCGACCUUUUUUUUUUUAUUGACUUCGCGGUGAGUGACGGAAGUUUAUUUACUUGUCCUGGAGCAGCUUUUGUAACAUCGGCUUCUAGACUCCAUCGCCAAGGUCAAGCCUUCGUGAAUGAAGGGAGUCCAGCCUUCAACACGUGUUUUACAUUGUGGAUUUGAAACGACAGAAGAGACAUGGCUGGACUGAUUAACUUUAACGACGAGAAAGAAGUGAAGCAGUUCCUGGACAACCUGGGGGUGGAAUACAGCUUCCAGUGCUACAAAGAAAAGGACCCUGAAGGGUGUCAAAGGCUUGCUGACUACCUGGAAGGUGUGAAGAAAAACCACGAAUCUGCAGCAGAAGUGCUCAGACACAACUGUGAAACCUAUGGAUUUGGAGAGAGCUGCUAUAAAAUUGGAGCUUACCAUGUCACGGGCAAAGGUGGAGUCACGGAGUGUCUGAAAACAGCCUACUCCUGCUUUGUGCGUUCCUGCAAUGCUGGAGGAAAGAAAUCUCUAGAUGCCUGCCACAACGUUGGUCUCUUGGCCCAUGAUGGAAGAGCAAUGGAAGGCGGCCCUGACGCCGCCACAGCGCGACAGUACUAUGAGAAGGCCUGCGACGGGGGCUUUGCCCCGUCCUGCUUCAACCUCAGUGCCAUGUUCAUAGAGGGCAAUUCAAAAGGGCUGUCUCCAGACAUGAAGCUCGCUCUGAAGUUUGCAAACAGGGCUUGUGACCUGGGACAUGUGUGGGGCUGUGCCAACGCGAGCCGGAUGUACAGACUUGGGGAUGGGACAGCGAAGGAUGAUAAGAAAGCCGAGGAGCUCAAGAAUCGAGCAAGAGAGCUGCACGGCUUAGAAAAAGAGAGACAGUUGAAAUUUGGGGAGUGACUUGGAGGAUUUAUUAAAUUAUUGUUUUGAUUGGUUUCACUCCAAAUAUUGUGUCUAGUUGAAUUACGAUCUUGUGAAAUCUGGAUGUAAAUAUAAAGGUGUGUUUGUGCCCGGCUCUGCAGAGCUUUCUGCCUUUUAAAAGGGAGUUUCUCCUUUCAACAGUCAUUUUUCAUGCUCAUGUGGAACUGUUGGUUUUCUCUGUAAAACUGCCUAGAAACAACUGUUUGGCACUAUAUAAAUAAAGCUUCAUUGAAAAUUGAAUUGAAUUUGUCUUUACAAUAGACUGAUUGUUCUCAGUCUAUGAUAAAAGUCACAGAGCAGUAGUGAGUCAGAAGAUCUGAGCCAAAAUUCAAGCCCUAAUAAAGGGUUAAUAUAAGAGAAUAAAAAGUUUUGAUUUUGUUUUCUUUCAGGUUUUGUCAAAAGUGAAGGCUGCAUUCCAGCAGUAGUUUAGAAUUUGGCAUUUGUAUUCAGAUUAUUCCAUGUAUGAUCUUUCAUCUGUCAUUCUGUAUAAACCCAUUCUAAAAGUUAAACUGCUUUUAAGAAAAACAUUUCCUGCUGAUCUCAGAGUGAGUCACACUCUGUUUUAAAAGUUUUAAAAGUGAGUUUUAAAAGUGAAUGACAGAUCUGUGGUUCGUAAGUAGUCCACUUUUAUCAGUGUUUUUUUAUAUCUUGAAAUAGAUCACGAGGGUGGAUUGUUUACUUCAAAAGUUGAGGAGUCCAACAUUGAUCAUUUUUCUUUGAGAACUUCAGGUAUUGCAAGAUAAUUUAAGAAAUUUUUUAAGAACAUCAAGAUAAUCUAGUCUUCUCCAACUGGGACUUUAUCCAGCUCUUCAGCCUCUUUGUCAAAAAUCCCACAAAAUUACAUGCAAAUGUACAUAGUUUGUCAGGCAGUCGUAGCUGAUUUCAGCUGGGUAUGGAUGAGGAUGGUAAAACCAGUCCUUCACAGGACAAACCCACAAAUGCACAGAGUCAUUAAUUAUUGUAAAAUGUAUAUUUUUUGUUUGUGGAAAUAAACUAGACUACCCACGCCUUCAUUGAUGAUUUUGUUGCACAGUAGGAAGUCUGUCGAAUACACAAAUGUUUUAAUUUAUCUCUGCUUAGGCAAAUAAAGUGAUCUUUUUGUCACAUUAUGGGUGAUUAAUAUAGAGUUUCAAAUCAAUAAUAGACUCACAAACUCAAAUGGGUAAAUUUAAAAAAGGGAAAUGUUUCAGAG